AGUCGUCAGUUCAAAUACGGAAGAAGACGCUAUUCACUGUUGGCCUUGGAUGUGGUUUCUGAUGCUAUCUGUGUGAAAUGCCUCUUUUCGACAAAUGACGAGAGGCCUGUCUAGUCUAAAUCAUAAUGGACCCGGAGGUAUCAUUGCUGCUGCACUGUGCACACUGGAAAGGACUCAGAAAGUGUCAGGUACAAGUGGAGCUCUCAGAAAGGUAUAACAGGCAAACAGAUCCAGCACUUGAAGAACAUAUUGAAAAAUUAUGGAAAGAGAGGCUUGCCAAAGAGCCCUGGAUUUUCAAUGGAGCAAAGUUCAGGCUACACUCUUUCUCACUGGCUUGUCACAAAAACUCUGAGGCUGAAGAUACAUACAACAAAAACUACAAAGAAGAUGUAGUGGAGUGUAACACCAAACAAGGAGUUACUUUUUCAGCUAUUGAUGACUGUGUUGGAAAUAGAGCGACUGCGCUAGCAUCAAAAGAAUCUCGAUGGCAAGAAGAAUGUGUCCUUACUCUGCGGUUAGGUCUGACCAACUAUAAAGAUUACCUUGGUACUAACUGGUCAGGACAGGCAGAGGAGCUGUGUAGACGUGGGGAAAUGGAGUUCGAUGAUGCAUUGUCUCUCCUCGCUCAGCCCCUGGGAGUUGGGGCUAUCCUGUGCACAGUGGAUGAGCAGAUAGUGUUCAUCAGAAGAAGCCAGAGGGUUGCAGAAGCAGGUGGCUUACUAGACAUCCCAGGAGGACACCCAGAGCCAAAGGCUGUGUGUGAGAAUUUGGGACUGAAGAUUUGUGAAGAAAAGAUCAGCUUGGUUAUGUUGGGUCCAGUAGCUGUGGUCACAGAACUAUUUUCAUCAGUUUGUGCAGAGAUUCGAGAUGAGAUAAACAUUCCUUUGAAUUUCCUUGGAGAGCCACUGUUGAUUGGAAUAGCUCUAAAUCAUACUAGUGCAGGCCGACCAAGUGCAGAGUUCUACAUCAGCUGUUCCCUGACUUCGGACCAAGUCAAAAGGUUGUACUUGAAAGGUGGUGCUGAGGCAAAUGAGUCAACAGACAUAAUUUUUGUCAGCAAAAAGACGGUGUUACAGCUGGACCAGACAAGUAAUUUGUGGCCUGAGCUGUGCCCUUCAGCCAAAGGCGCUGUUCUGCUAUAUCAGACCGUGAAGCCAGACACGAACGGAGACUAGACCAAACUCUACAUCCAUACACCCCACAAGACAAAGCAGGACUUGUAU